GAGGUUCCCAUGAUGUUCGUGGACGACUCAUCCAAGGUGAUGAUGCUGUACGACACCAACUGCUCGGCCACGGUUGUGCGACUGCCCUAUUCGGAUCGCCUGGCCUCGCUGCUCCUGCUGCCCAAAGCCGAGCUGCAGCCUCUGGAGGAUUGCCUCUCCGACAGCCGCAUGAGCUUCUGGCUCAGCAACCUGAAGCCAGGGCGAGCAGAAAUCCGUUUCCCUAGGUUUCAACUCAGGAAAUCCUACAGUUUAGAGAGCCUCCUGAGGAACGCUGGCGUAUCAUCCAUUUUCUCCCACUCGGCCGACUUCUCUGGAAUAUCGCAGAAGAAGACGCUGAAACUCAUCAAGGCUCCUCAUGAGGUUAUGUUGGAGGUAGAAGAGACCAAGUCAGGAAACGGGGGGAGACCUGACAUCAUGCUGGACUUCUCCGUCCCCCCAAGGAUAACCUUCGACAGACCGUUCAUGUUGAUAAUCUAUGAUGAUCUCACUGGGCUCAUCCUGCUCAUCGGGAGAAUUAUCGAUCCCACACAUGUCUAGAAGAGAGAGAACAUCACACUCUUCUUCUUUCAUCCUAUUUUCUUCUCGUUUUGCUAUUGAUAUGAUACUACAUUCAGUUACAGAACAUGCCAGCUUUGGUUUGAAUUUGUCCCAGUAGUAUAACAUAUCAUUUAGGCGAAAAAAGAAAAAAAAAAGCAAGAGUUGCAAAGUGCAUUUUGUUUUUCAAACAUUACAGGAUGAUUUAUAGUUUAUUUCUCCAUUUUCUCAAAAUGAUGAAAAGACAUUUAAAUGGUAGCAAUUUAUCCCCGUGACUGAAUCUCUGCUAUUCUUGCAAAAACAUAAAACACUUUUU